UCCACUAUCUGCAGCAACUAUCGUUCACGUGAAAGCAGUAAAAGUGAUGCACAGAGGUGACAUCAGCACGACAGUGGAUAACAGCCAUACGAUAAUAUAAGAGGGAUAGUGAUUUUUUUUUUUUUAAAGCUUUAUUAAUAAAAAUUUUUUGAUAAGGCAUCAUCAUGUAUCCGGACUCGAGCCCAGACUACGACGACUCCUCGAGCUCGUCUCGCAGCACGAGCAGCAGCUGCUCAGCAUCGCCUACCGGAGACGUCGCCCGGUGCAGCCAGCGAUCUCCAGACUCACCCACGAACGCAUCGUCAAUGGACAGCAGCAUGUCGCAGGAUGUCUGUGGUGAAAUAGACUCUCCAUGGCAGUCUCCAUUUGUUCCAACGGUCACUGCAAUCUCAACCUCCAUGGAUCUGCACUGGAUGGUCCAACCGACCACUGACAUCACAUCAGCAUCAGUCUCGCCCUUCUCCUGCUCCUCCCCCUCCCCCUCCUCCUCCUCCUCCUCCUCCUCCUCCUUCUCCUCCUCCCCCUCCAGUGGACGUGCAAAGCUUAGCAGAGCGCAUGGCGCAACCCAAUCGUCUUCCAGAGUGGAAGGCAGCAAGGAACAAUCCACCUGCAAGAAAGGGAAAAAACAGCCUUUAUCAGAAGAGGAUGAGAGGAGGAAGAUCAGGAGAGAGAGGAAUAAAGUCGCCGCAGCCAAGUGUCGCAACAGACGGCGGGAGCUCACCGACACCCUGCAAGCCGAAACUGAUCAGCUGGAGGGGGACAAAGAGGCCUUGCAGACAGAGAUAGGCCACCUCCUGAAAGAGAAAGAGAGACUGGAACAGAUCCUAUCCACCCACCAACCAGCCUGCAAACUAGCCGCCGCUGAGGACGAUGUCGAAAAUGAGAUCAACGAUGACAUUGAAGGCAUGCUACAAGACACCGCAGAUUCUGCCCAGCUGCUCUCCAUCUUGGAGAACUCAGACAAACUCCAACUCCCAGAAGGCAGUGCGACAGCAGUGACUGUGUCCAAGGGCCCCUUACGCCAUGAAAUGGACUCCGUCCCCGUGCCAAGCAUCUCCAUCUCUGCCUCGGCCAUCUUGGGUAACUCCAACAUCCUACUGUGCUCCAGUGCUGAGGAAGAACCCAUGGAGGACCUAGACUUCGACCAACGUGACCUACAGGACCUGGUCCCCAGCCUGGAGCUGGCUGUGGCCCCUGAGACCGCCCCAUCCGUUCCUGACAUCGACCUCCUCGGGGGCCCCUUCUGCCUGUCAGACUGGGAGACCCUGUACAAGUCUGUGGCCAACGAUCUGGAGCCCCUCUGCAACCCCACAAUGAUGUCUUCCAGUGACACUCCUACGUGUAGCAGUUACCGCUCUGUGUUUUCCUUCAAUUACUCAGAGGUAGACCAUAUGGCUGAGGAUGAGGGGUGUUGUGAGAGCUCCGAGGGCCUCAAAGGAGUUGUUGGUGGUAGUUCUGAUUUGAUUAACGGUAAUCUCAACUCUCCCACUCUGUUGGCCUUGUGAAGUUGUUAUGAACUGGUUGGAGAAAUAGGGCUAGUUCCCCACCACACACAGAUUAAGCUUAGUCUUAUUAAAAAGUAAUAGCAUGUUCAAUAACGAUUCUCCAUUGAAAGGUGCGUCUUAGUCCAGGGCUAGGGCUAGAUCUGUGUCCGGGAAACUGGUCCAUGAGGUUGAUAUUGAACCAAUAAGCUAUGGUCUAUUUAUCUAUCUAUCCCCUGAUGUUUUGUUGUGCUUGUUGUGAUGUUUUGUUAACCUUUAACCUUUAGCACCAAAUGAAAGGUUAACUUCUUUCCAGAUAUAUUGGUGCACCUGUGAGGGCAGAUCGCUCUCUUGAGCAGCGGUGGAAAAAGUAUCCAACUGUCCUACUUGAGUAAAAGUAAAGAUACCUUAACAGAAAAUGACUCAAGUAAAAGUGAA